AAAUGCUAUGUUUUGGCUUUGUUUUGUAAUUGGUUUUCAGAUGCUGGGAAGUCAACAAUUGGAGGAGGACAGAUACUCUUCCUUACUGGUCAGGUUUCCAAAAAUAUGAGAAAGAAGCGAAAGACAGAAGUAGAGAAAGCUGGUGUAUGGCAUAUAUUAUGGACUCUAAUGAAGAGGAGAGAAUUAAGGGUAUUACUGUGGAAGUUAGAAGAGCACGCUUUGAGACUGAAAAUACUAGGUUUGCCAUUUUGGAUGCACCUUUCUAUCAAAUGAAACUCUCCUUCUUCAUGCAAGCAGUGUUGCAAAACACGGUAGGCAGACUAGCGCCCAGUGCACAGGAGCACCCAGGUCAGAUUUGGGCCACAGCGCCUGAGGUUCUGCCAUCUUUCUGACUAAAACUCCAGCAGAGUAGCUCACCAGGGCCCUCUGAGAAAGUUUCCGAUGUUGCAUCCUGGAUUAUGGCACAAUUUUGUUGCAGAUCACUGUUCACAUGGGCAGUCCAAGGGGUGAGGUGGUCUCGUGACCAGUGCCUCCUGGUCAACUAAUCCCUACUUUUGCAAUACUGCCUGCAAACCAUCCUCACUACAUUUGAUUAGAGUUUUUGAGAUGUGACAGCUUAGCUACUUAUGAUUCUAAAUACUUAUCAAGUUUGUGUGUGCGAACAAGUUUGUAAUCUAAAUGGAGUUAUGUACAGUACUGACGUAGGGAAGUUGUGAAUUUGUUUACAGAAUAAGAUUCUCAGCUCUUCUAUUCUUUGGCCAUAAUUUGUUGUGUUUUGAAUGUAUAUUUCCCAAUCAAUUUUGCUUCCUUAUAUGAUUUAACUUUGAGUUUUGGGUUGUUUGUUCAGGGUCACAAGAGUUAUGUCCCAAAUAUGAUCAGUGGAGCAGCUCAAGCAGAUAUUGGUGUUCUGGUUAUUUCUGCCCUUAAAGGGGAAUUCGAAACUGGAUAUGACAUAUGAGGGGUGGGCAAACCUGUCAACAUGUUCAGCUUGCAAAAACUUUGGGCUUAUCUGAGCUGUUCAUGGUUGUGAACAAAAUGGAUGAUCCCACUGUUAACUGGUCAAAAGAAAGGUGCUGUUACUGA